UUGUUAUUGGAAAGAAAUAAUUUGACUAUCAUCAUCAUCAUUAUCAUCAUCGACAAAAAAAUUUCAAAAUGCCAAAUUUUUUGGACGCACCGGAAAUAUUACCAUUGCCUAGUUUGCAAACAUAUGCAAGCAUAAGUUUUUUAUUACUUAGCUGUGCCAUUUAUUAUGCAUUUCAAGUGUCCUCCGAACCGGAUUGGAAAUUAAAUGAAUUUUUAUUCAUACAAUCAGCUGUUGAUAAUAAUAAUAAUAGUAAUAAUACUCAUCAUCAUACGGAUUCAAAUGUUGUUAAUGGUAAUAUUAUCGUAUCGAAUACAACAACAACAAAUAUUAUAAUAACCAAUGAUGGUAUUAAAGAUCAUCUUAAUCAGAAUAAUGGAACGAUCGAAUUAUCAUAUGGUACAACAGCAAAUAAUUAUACAUUACGUAAUGCAUUCAUUGAAUCAUUAUUUCGAUAUCCAAAUGAUUCAAUUACAUUGAAUGAAUUAUUAAAGAAUCAACGUUUUGUUACAUUAUUGAAUGUAACAUAUAUUAUGAUACAUGAACCACUUUGCGUAUGGACAUUGAUCAAUAUGAGCUAUUGUUUAUUGAUAUUAUUUGGAAAAUUAAUACAAAAAUUAGUAUUUGGUGAUCUUCGUGCAUCCGAGCAGCAAUUAUUACGGGAUAAAUUUUGGAAUUUUUUACUUUAUAAAUUCAUAUUCGUAUUCAGCGUUAUCAAUGUACAAUAUAUGGAUGAAUUAAUAUUAUGGUGUGCAUGGUUUUCCGUACUUGGUUUCAUGUUUUUAUUGACAAAUCUUUGUAAAGAACGUUAUAGUUUUCUAGCCAAUACACCAACAAUUUCAAGAUUUGAACAUAUAAAAUUACUUACAUUACUUGUGUCGAUAUUGAUGUCAACAUUACCAUUAUUCAUUAUUGGUGUUAUUGUCGGUAAUCACACAAGUUUAAGUAUCGGCGCAUUUCUCAUCUGUGAAGUAUCGAUAAUUUCAUUACGUUCAUUGCAAUGUCUUAUAUUGUAUAUCAUACAUUUAUGCGAUUUACGGCGUGAUUCAAUAUGGGAAAAACGUACGGCAAUCAUCUAUUAUAUAGAGCUUAUAUUUGAUCUAUCCGUACUGUCAAUCGAUUUUUGUCAUCAUAUCCAUAUGCUUUCAUCCGGUAAUAUCAUUUUAUCCGUAUCAAGUGUUGUCAUAUUGAUACAAUUACGUUCAAUAUUUACCGAUAUUAUUCGUCGUUUAAAAAAACAUCGUAAUUAUCUCCAGGUUUUGAAUUUGAUGGAAGAGAAUUUCCCAACAGCCACACGUGAUGAAUUAACCGAUGAGAAUAAUGAUUGCGCAAUAUGUUGGGAUCGUAUGGAGAAUGCAAGGCAAUUACCUUGUGGCCAUUUUUUUCAUACUGCUUGUCUUAGAUCAUGGCUGGAACAGGAUACAAGUUGUCCAACAUGUCGCCAUUCAUUACGACAACGUGAUCAAAAUCGAUCAUCUUCAACAGCUAUUGAUGGUCGUUCGGGUGGUACUAUGGCUGGCGUUGGUGUUGGUGGUAAUGUUCAAAAUAUAGCUGGAGGUACCGGUUUUGAAGAUUUAGCAAACAUCGCCAAUCUUGCCGGCCUUCGUCCUGGUAAUACACGAUUCUUUCAUUUUGAUGGUUCACGUUAUGCAACAUGGUUACCAUCAUUUUCGGUGGAAGUUACCAGGCCAAACAUAAUGGAUAUAAAUAUCAAUGCAUCAGUUACACGAAAUGAACAAGCAUUUCCAGAUUAUUUGCAACAACCACAGCAACAGAUUGAUUAUAUGGGACAACAAGUGUUGGAAUGGUUUCCUCAAUUUUCUCUUACAUCAAUAUUGGAUGAUCUUCGUAAUACUCGAUCAGUUGAGCUUACUAUUGAAAAUAUUCUUGAUGGAAGAUUAAGGCCGAUCACAUCAACAACAAAUACUACUAAUAAUUUGUCAUCAACGGCACAAUUAAAUUCACAAAUGAAUCAAAAUAAUAAUCUAGAAAAUAAUAUUUUAUCUGAAAAUCGACAAAAUGUAGAAGAAUCGGAAUCGGAUGAUGAUGAUGAUGAUGAUUUGAUUGAAAUAAUCAAUAAUGAUGGUGAUAAUAAUAAUUAGCUCAACAAAACAGCAUCAUCAUAGAAUUUAUGAAGAAAAAAUAACAAUCAAUAAUAGGAUAAAUGAUGAUAGAUCUGAUCUUGUCUAUCUAAUAUGUGAAUUAUUAAUGAUCUAAUAUGCUUUUUCUCUUCUGAAUCAUCCCAAAUCAAGACCGAAGAUUUUUGUUUUUUCUUUUAUUUUUUUUUGUUUCUCGUUCUUUAAUCAUCGUCGUCUAAAAUGUCGAAACAAACCACUAUUAAUUUGUUGAUUUUCUUAACGGUUUAUUUUUUCAUCACUUUCUCUCUGUCUCUCAAUAUUUUAUCGACACUUAAACAAACAAACAAACGGUCGAUUUUAUCCCAUUCAUCCUAUUGAUUCGAUUAGAUCGAAAAAAAACCAAUUCAUUAAGUUUGUUCACAACAACACCACCGCCUAUCACAUAUAUCUGUGCAAAUUUUCACCAAAAAAAAUUUUCUUUUCACCAACAAUGAUAAUGAUAAGGAUGGAUGGUGGUCAGAUUUGUU